AUGGACCAGUUGUCUAUUUCAGAACUGAACAAAGUUGAUUUGUUUCCUAUUGUUCAGCAAGUAUUUGACAAAGCAUUUAAAGAAGAGAAAUUAAUUUACAACGAGUCUGACUCAUUUGAGAUACUGGAAGAUGGAAACUUGAAAUUCAAGAUUGAAAUUGUUGGUGGACUGUCGAAGCGUCCAUCUAAUAGACCGCAAGAGCCUGGAAUUAAAACAAAUAUCCCAAGACCUAGAAAAGAUGUUCAUGCAGCAGACCCUUUCAUGAUUCCCGAGCCAGAAUUAACUGUCGUCGAGUGCUUGGCAGAUGAAUAUAGACUCAUCCUAAACAAGUAUCCAAACACUUCAAAUCAUUUUCUACUGGUGACUAGAGAGUUUGUGAAACAAGAUUCCUUAUUGACGCCGAAAGAGUUGGCCACCAUGUAUUUCACUUUACAGAAUCUCGGUCGUCAUGAAAAUUAUUUCACUUUCUUUAAUUCAGGAUCUGAAUCGGGAUACUCUCAGUAUCAUAAGCACGUUCAAUUCAUGCCAUUUCCAAAAGAACUACAAAACAUCUUUGUUGAUGACUUGGUACGUGGAGAAGAAUUCUACCUUCCCAAAGAUACAAGAUCGUCCAGACAGUGUCUAAAUGACCCUAAUUGUCCCUACCAACAUUACGUCCUUCCCCUACCUAAAAUUCCAUUUGAAUUAGAAGAGGCAGAAGAGCAGCUAGGAAUGGCAUAUAUGGUUCUUUUCCGUAAAGUUCUGAAUUGUUUUAAGUAUUUGAACAGUACAAACCCGUUCGAUGUGAGCUAUAACCUGCUAAUGACUACUAAGUGGAUCAUGAUUAUACCAAGGCGCAAUGCAAAAUUUGAUAAGGUCUGGACCAACGCUUUGGCAUUUAUUGGAUUAUUUUUGGCCAAAGAUACCGAGAUCCAAGGAUUGAUCAAAGAAUAUGGUCCAUCUACUAUUCUUCAGGAAAAUGGAUUCCCCAACAAUGGGGACGUUUUGGGCGACGAAAACGACUACUGA